CUUAAAUCUACAAAGAAAAGAAUUGCUUUAGUCUAUUGACAACUCAGUUAUUUUGAUCCGUUUCUGGGUACCUAUCGUGUUCGACUGAUUUGAUUUGAUUGCUUAAAAAAUGAAUGAAAUGAAUUCCUUUGUGCCUAUGACGCCGCCGAAUCAUUUUGUCAAAGAAUUGCGCGGAGUAUUGGAUCAACAAAACAUACUUUCUGCCAAAACCAAACAAAAAGUAUUGCGAGACCUAGACCAACAUAUUUGUGAUGACAAUGAAAAACGCAUCGCAAAGUUGAGAAUCCGAUCUAUUCAAGAGAUAUACGUUUCUGAAACAAAUUAUAUUCACCAGUUAGAUAAAUUGAUCACAUUUUUUAAACGUCCAAUAGAAGAACAAAAACUUGCCUCUAGUCAAGUCAUCAGUAAAUUGUUUGGUAAUGUUGAGACAAUACUGAAUGUGAAUAAAGAACUUUUGGUUCAAUUGCAUCCAACUAAAGAAAAUAUUGGACAAGUUUUCUUGAACACUGCCCCUUUUCUCAAACUUUAUUCAGUUUACGCGUUCAAUUAUAAGAAUGUAUUGGAUACACUUCAAGAUUUACCAAAAUCUCAUCCAAAACUCUAUCGUUUUGUAUGUACACAAGAAUCAAGGCCAGAAGUAUCAGCUAAAUUAAAUUCACUUUUGAUAACUCCCAUUCAAAGAAUACCUCGUUAUUUAAUGCUUUUACGCGAACUCCAGAAUUACACUCCUAUUGAACAUCAAGGCUAUAAUGACAUUAAAGCUGCUGUAGAACAAAUUAGUAAAGUCGCAGACCAUAUCAACAACUUAGUUCAAGAACAAGAAAACAUGUCCAGAUUAGUAAGCAUUCAACGUAGUCUUUCAGGUUGUGGCAAAGUUAACAUAGUACUACCAGGCCGUAAAUUAAUUAAAGAAGGUCCUCUAAUGAAAGUAUCACCUGAAGGCAGUACAUCUAUUCCCCGCUAUUUAAUAUUGCUUAGUGACAUGAUACUGUAUUGUAAAGAAUGGGUGGACCCAGAAAAGUUGGUUUGUCUCAGAGUAUUGCCACUUAAUAAGUGUGAAGCCAAAUCUGUCAUGUAUAAAAGAGGAUUGUUUUCAAUAAAUUGUCAGUCUGUGGAAUUUGUAUUUUAUACAAUGGAUGCACCUCAUGCUACAUGUUCUUGGGUAGAAAUGUUGCAACAAUCUAUUGAAAAAUGCAAAGCCAACUCUUUGAUGCCAGUGAAAAGAUGCGGGCCUUUGAAAUUGGUCAAAAGAAAAAAGGAAGAUAAUACAAACAAAAGUGAUGACAAUUGUUAUUCAAGUCCAACUAAAAAGAUGAAAUCAUUGAACAGUCUUAAAGAUACAACAAUUGUUAAAUCAAAUCAAAAUAUGUCAUACAUGGCUUCAGCAAGAAAUCUUGUUUUCAGUUUUGGAUCAACAUUAAAAAAAUUAGUGGGAAGAAAUUCAGUAUAGAAAAUCAUAAACAAUUUUUUUUUAACUUAUAUUUUUUUUAUGCUCCAUCCAUUUGAGAUCUCAGUUAUGUUUUCCAUUUUUGUUUAGAUGUAGCUUGUAACAAUUAACUAAUAAUUUUUGAUAUCAUGUGUGGUAGGUAAUACUUCCUAAUGUAAUAUAUAUUACUUAAAAGUACAAAUUGUAAUGUAAAUAUUAUUUUCAAGU